AAAUCUUUCUGGGGAAACACGAAAAGAGUCCAGGAGUUCUGCUUUGAUCAGGCGAGCGAUGGAGCCCCCCCCCACAGACGCUGCCUGGAUCUGGGACCCACUUUGGGCGACUGGCUGUGUAUACACAACUGUGGUGCAGCCUCCUUCAGCUGCGCGGGGGGGGGGUGGACCCGGCUCUGGCUUGCGGGACUGGUGCUGGGCCAGGGGGGAGUUUGACCCUUCCAGACCCCCCAAUUCCUUUGGAAGGAUUCAGGCCCCCUCUGGACCCCCAAAGCCCUUUGGAGCAGAAUCGGGAACUGAGGAUCUGCCUGACCCGCCUUUGCGGAACUGACCACAACCCGAAUGUCCCAGAAAAAAUGGUUUCCAUGGAUGUAGUGAAACAUUAAAAAAGAGAAUGUCUGGUUUUUGGGAUAGUUUGGCGGGGGGGGGGAGGAAAGGUUUUCAGACUUUAAUGCUUAAGGCUGUAAUCCUAUACUUGAUGGUAUAUAGAAUUACUGAAGUCCACAUAAUUUCCGGGUUAUUUUAUAAAUUAUAAAUUUAAUGUUUGGUUUAAUAUGCUGUCCAUCCAUCCAUCCAUCCAUCCGUCCAUCCAUCUACCCAUCCUUCUUAAAAUAGUAUUGAGAUCUUUCACAAGGGAGGAAACCUGCGCGGAUCCUCUUAUACAUCCCGUCCAUGGAUAUGGAUUUUUGUUCUUCUUCGGGCAAAAUAUCCCCUCCCAGUCCCACCCAGAGGAACGGAUCUGACCUCAAGAGGGUCGAUUCUUGGGAGGGGGUCCCAGGGCUGAUUCCUCUCCCCAUAAAAUCCCCCCCCUUCUCCACUUCUCCGGUUCUCCCCCUGCGCCGAACUAUCUCCUCUAUCGGGUGCAAUCAAAGGAGACCCUGCCCGGAGACCGAUGACGCUGCAGAAGGGAGACUUCCGAUUGGUCCUCCUGCUUCCUCUGGGCCCUCCCAGUUCCGAAAUUCGAGGAAAACGCCUCUCCCCCCCUCCCAAGCCAGACCCAUCGAUUCCGCCUCUGGGGCUGGGAGCCUCCGCGUCUCUGUCUCUGGUCUCGCUGGGGGCGCUUGUGGGGCGGCGUCCAUGGGCUCCCCCUGAUGCUGAUGCUGCUGCUGCUGGCGGGGGCGCUGGCCCGGAUCCCCGGAAGUGAAGGGGGGAAGGAGAUCCCCGCCCAUUUCCUGGUCCAGUGGAAGUCCGAGUGCCAUUUCUUCAACGGGACGCAGCGGGUGCGACUCCUGGACUGGUACAUCUACGACCGGCAGGAGAUCGACUACUUCGACAGCGACCUCAGGAAAUACGUGGCCGUCACUCCGUUGGGGCAGCCCGAUGUGGACAAGUGGAGCAAUGAUAAGGUCUUCAUGCAGAUCAAGAGGGCCGAAGUGGAUUCUUUCUGCCGGCACAACUACGGGGUUCUCCAGGGCAUUUCUGUGGUUGGCCGGAGAGCCAAGCCCACCGUCUCCAUCUCCCCCACCAAGCUGGAUCCCACUUCCCCCAACACCAUCCUCCUCUGCAUCGCGAGGGGCUUCUACCCCUUGGAGAUCGAGGUCCGGUGGCUGAAGAACGGGCGGCCGGAGGAGGAGGGCGUGGCCUUCGGGGAGGAGCUCCAGAACGGAGACUGGACCUACCAGCUCCAGGUGAUGCUGGAGACCCAGCCCCAGCGGGGGGACGUCUACGCCUGCCAGGUGGAGCAUGCCAGCCUGGAGGCCCCGAUCAUCGUCCAGUGGGAGCCCCGAUCCUCCAACUCGGCCAAGAGCAAACUCUGGACGGGGAUCGUGGCAGCCGUGAUCGGGGUGAUCUUCUUUGCCAUGGGGCUCUCCCUCUACCUGAAGAGCAAGAACGCAAUUCCCAUCCAGCCUCCUGCAGCACUCAUGAAUUAAUCCUUCUUGAUUCCUGAUGGGAAAGGAAGUUUUUUUUUUU